AUGCCAGGCCUUGGGGAGGAUGAGACUGUGCAUGUUGAGAUCUGCUCCUCUGCCUGGAGAGAAAGCUGGCUAGACGUGAUCCAGAGAAGACAACCCAGAAACCCCAGCUGUAGCGCUGCCAGAGCAAUGCGAACCAACCAGCUUGUGAAAUAUAUCUUGUUUAUUUCUUGUUACCUCUUCUGGGUGGCCAGUGGUGUGAUGAUAGCCGUGGGUCUAUAUGCAAAGCUUUCCAAAGAAUCAGGUGCUGUAGAUUCCCUUCUGGCAGAGCCCUCUCUCAUUGUAAUCAUUGUAGGGGUCCUCACAUUCACUGUCACCUUUGUGGGUUGCACUGGUGCUCUAAGGGAUAUGCCCUUGCUGCUGAAAAUGUUUGCCGUGAUGUUACUGCUGAUCUUUGUACUCCAGAUCGUGGCUGUGGGAGUGGCCUUUCUCUUGUCUGGCCAGGUGAUGGACAAGGCUGCAUUUCUCAUGGGAAAAGCCAUAGCCAGCUACCGGGAUGACCUGGAUUUGCAAAAUCUCAUUGACUACAUACAGAAGAAGUUUGAGUGCUGUGGGGUGCGGUCCUACCAAGACUGGUCCCAGAAUGAAUAUUUUGACUGUGGGGUCUCCAAUCCAAGCCUGGAGCGUUGUGCUGUCCCUUUCUCCUGCUGUGUCCUGGAGGAGGAACAGAAUGUUCUUAAUACCAUGUGUGGCUAUGGGACCCAGAAUCUGAAAGCCUGGAAGGCAGAAAGCAUGAUUCACACAGAAGGCUGUUUGGAGAAGAUAGUCACUUGGGGACGGAGUAACCUAUAUCUGAUUGCUGGGUUGGCCCUGGGCCUUUUGGCAAUGGAGGUUGUCAUCUUCUCUUUGGCUGUGACACUAAUUUACCAGAUCAGCUUUAUAAUUCAGAAGAGAACCGACACAAAGAGAGAGUCCUAAGAAGAGAAUUAGGCCAGAAAGAGGAGAACUUUGGGCUCGCUUCAGCCCUGGCCAGGGGGGAACGUAGAAUGUGAGAGGCAACCGAUCAGAGACACUCUUCCGCUCAAGUCACCCCAGAUGGAAAGCUGAGGAGCCCCUGAGCUAGGACCAUUGCCUAUGCAUGAGUCACUGACAUCUGGAAUGUGGCAGAUGCUCCUCAGAGGACCCAGUCCUCUGUCCUUUCCCUGAGGGGAAAGAAUGAAGAGUCAGAAAAUCUGGGUUUGAGUCAUGGGUCUGCCGCUAACUUACAAAUCAUGUCCCCCUUCUGGGCAUCAGGUUUUCUUUUUUAAAAUUCAAUUUUAUUUCAUUUUUCUAUCCCCCACCUUCCAGCCCCCCACUUGGAGAAGGCAAUGCAAACAAAACCAUCACAAAUGUACAGAGUCACGUAAAACCAAUUUUUGUGCUAUGGGCCUCAGUUUGUGUUGGACCAGGGUCUCUGUAAGGUCUUUAUUAGCUCUAACAGUCAAUGUUCUGUUUUUAUAGGCCCCUUUCCGCUUUCACAUUUUAUACUUUAUGGUCUAAAGGCCCUUUCUGUGCUAACAUUCUGUGUUUUAUGUUUAGGUCCCUCCCAGCUCUGACUUCCCUCCUGGCACUGACAUUAUAGGAGUCUAUUAGAUUUUUUUUUUUUUUGGUCCUUGGCCUGUGAUUUCCUUUGUAUAGGAAACUCCUCUACCCACACAGAACAGUACCUCCCCUUCAAUUUAGAGCCCUGGAGAGAGAAUUGCUUGAAGUUUAGUCAUUUUGCCAGAGGCCCCACAGACUGUAUGUGUCAGGGGUGGGGCUAGAAUCCAGGUCUUCCUGGUUCCAAGCCUGGUACUGUAUCUACUACACUGUAAUGCUGCUCAUGACUCUAGAUUCCAAUGAAAAGAAGUGCUUUCCUUGUGAGAUUUCUGGUGUUUCUGCUGUUGCCCAGAACACAGGACUGGUCACACUCAGAAUAGUUUCCAUGGAGAUGACUUAUCACAGAGGAUCUGGGUGCAGGAGGCAGGAGAAGAUGCAACUCUACAGGCCCAGAGGUUCUGUU